CUCCAAGAUCGCAUUUCCACUUGGCUCGGACGCAAGGGCCACGGACGACGACGACAAGGCACCACCAGGGGCAACGCAACGAGACGAGGCAACUCAUCUUGUCACCAUCACCGCACCCUAGACAUCGCCCAUGAAGCAUCAGAGGUGCUUCAUCGCUACCUGUCUUCCUCGCUACCCGCCUGGCAUCGACAUCUGAGAACGACAAUGACACCUUGAGCCGCGCCCCCCGUAUCGACGACUUUUCGCAUCUUGGCCGGUCCCAAUCAACGACUUGUUCCUCCUAGACUCUUCAUCAACCCACACAUCAACAUGACGCUGCCAGCGAUGGUAUCGUCGACAUCGACGUCGACGUCGUCGUCGUCAUCGUCACCGGCACGAGGAGGCAAACAGGAUGCGGCGCUGCCAUCACUCGAGGGCGGCCUCGAGUCACUGAACCUAGCGUCCACUUCGUCCCCUUCCCUUCCUCCUCAAAACGGCAACGGCAUUGGCAAUAGUGACAGCGACGAGACACUCGAUGAGACCCUCAUCGAUGCGCUCAGGUCAUCACGAGAUCGUCUCUUUAUUCUACGCCAAGAGCAGGACAUCAACGACUUCGUGGCAGACACGAGCAGGUCGGAGAUGCUCUUGCCUCUGAUGAAUUCAUAUCAACGGCUCCUCGUUCAUCGCUGCGCCGAUCAUUUCCGUCUGGCUCACCACAUCGACUUGGAGACGAAAGCAGUCAAGCUCGUCAGAGUGCCAGAGACGAGGCUUCCAAGGCGUCGCAUGAUCCAAGUUUUCAACUCGAUCAAUAAUACCUUGCGUCCAGCCGAUAUCUCGCCGUUUGCCCUUUUGUCAACGAGGCCAGAUACAGCUGCCUCGAGCUCACGAGCAUCGCCUCUGGCCGCCAAAGCAACAGCUGCCAUUCCGACUGUCAAAGAAGCGCCUGCUGCUACUGCGCCAGCAGCCACGCCGGCUCCUCCCGCUGGCUUUCGCAUUAUGAGGCGAGAUCCCUCCCUCGGAUCCUCGUCUGCCCUGGCUGCCAAUGCCGCCGACUCUCCAUCAUCUUCGAACUCCAGCGCAGUCGGCAAGAAGAGUAGGAAGGACAUGACAAUCGAGGAAAGAGAGGUGGCUUACCGAGAAGCUCGUGAGCGCAUCUUUGGUGCUGCCUCGGAGAACGCAGAGACCUCUGCUGCUGGCCCUGCGAAUAACAAGGCACAGACGCCAAGUAGCGUCACGGCAGCGAGCGUCUCGAAGCCGGAUGUGGACCCUCUUGAUGAUCCUAGGAGCGCUGUCAGGCCAGUUGGCUACGAACCAUACACGACUCCGGGUGCCCCUCAGCAGUGGGCCACUGCGCCGCCAGGCAUGUCUCUCGAGCAGCAGCAGCAGCAAGCGGCUUGGUAUCAUUGGUGGUUCCAGCAACAACAGCUUCAGCAGCAACAACAGCUCGCAGCAGCUCAACCGUACGCCUACCUCUCGCAACAAGCAAUGUGGCCAGCUGUCGCACCACCCCCACCCUUUGGCUAUCCGCCGCACUUGAUGCCGCCGCCCUUCUAUCCCUGGCAGUACACGACGACUGCACCAUCCCCCACGACAGCCGGGCCUUCGUACCCAACGCCUGCGUCCGUGUCAGGUAGCAGUGCUCUAUCAGCGUACAAUCUUGACGCCUUCUCCCCCUUCCCACCGACGCCGUCCAACUUGUCCAGCAGUGGUACCGGAAGCGUAGGCCUUCCCAGCCCGGCGCCGAGCGUAGUCAGCUCGACAUCGGCCAGCGCAUCAUCGCGCGAUGGCGAGGGGACCAGAAGAGCCACAGCAUGGCAGCGUCAACAGCAACAGCAGCAUAAUGGCGCUUAUGCCGGGGCUGGAGAUGGGGCUUCUUUGAACGUAGGUGCAGCCGACUACCCGAUGGCGCAUCGAGGCGUCCCUCCGCCGCCUCCAUCCGCCUUCAUGCCACCUUUUGCGGGAGCAGCACCGUACGACCCGCUUGCUCGCUCGGCAUCAUCGAGCCCCAUUUCGUCGCUUUCAGCGCGUUCCGAGUCUGGGCGCGGAGCAGCAGGUUCGAAUGGUGCAAACGGCAGUGCGAGGCGAAACCUGGCAUCUUCGUCUUCGGGCAGGCUCAAUGUGGGUGAACGCACGCUCUUCGAUCCUCGCGCAGGCGCCGCGUCGUCAUCCUCAUCGCCGGCGAUGUCCGGCUCCAUUGGCCUUGCCCCGCACGAGAGCGGGACCGUGCGAGCUUCAGGACGUCUACGUGACGUGCACGCCACGGCCACGGCGCCCACAAUGAGGCUCGGGGCGAUGGUCCCUGCCGGCUCGGCGUCAGCAGCGGGAGCGAGUGCUACCGCAUCGAGCAGUCAGCCAAAGCCGGCCCCCAUCAUGGCAGGUCUCCCGCCGAGGCCAGACUGGGUGAUGCCGCCUUCGCAGCAAGCAAUCGCAACGCAACGAGCUUCCACCUCGAUUGCAGCUCCUCAGCGAGCGGAUGUAGGAGAGGCCUCCUCCUCAUCUCCCCUCGCGACACCCUUCGAUCACCAGCAGCAGCAAAGCGUCUGCGGCGUCUCAACCCCACGCAGCACCUACAGCAGUGCCGCUCGCCCCACGACUCCCUCGUCCUUUGCAGCUGCCGUAGCCGACAUGACCCAGAACACUGGCGCAACACGCCGUCUACGCAGACACAGCGCAGGCAGCGUGAAUAGCGCGAGUACGACGACGAAUCGCAGCGAGGGCGUCGGAGGGGGCAAGAGUGAUAUUGGGAUUGCAGAUGGAGAAGAUGAGGAGGAAGUGGCGGACGCAGAUACGGAUGACGGGCGGAGCAGGAGCAGUGAUGGGAGUAGCAGCUUGGGGCCUAGUGCUAGUGCGAGCAAUGUUGGUGGGGAUGAUGAUGAAGAUUAUGAGGAUGGCGACCGAACGAGGGGAGAAAUUUGAGAGCGCCGCAAGGCAGAGGUGGCGAGAAGCGGUUGCGACACCCGGUCCAUUUCUAGAAAGCAUCGAAUUCACUCAAUCAUCAUUCGGGACGCACGUCUUUGCACUGUCCUGGUGC